AUGGCUGCAACUACGGUAGGAGGCGCUUUUCUGUCUGCAACUGUUCAGAGCUUAGUUGAGAAGCUUGCUUCAAAAGAGUUUCUUGAUUACAUCACUAACACCAAGCUCGAUCUCUCACUCUUGAGACACUUAAAAACAACACUGCUCACUCUUCAGGUUGUGUUGGAUGAUGCAGAAGAGAAGCAGAUCAAUAAUCCUUCUGUCAAACAAUGGCUUGAUGGCUUAAAAGAUGCUGUCUUUGAUGCUGAAGAUUUGCUUAACCAAAUUAGCUAUGAUUCCCUUCGAUGCAAGAUGGAGCAGACACAAGCUGAAAACAAAACUAAUCAGGUGUGGAACUUCCUUUCUUCUCCUUUUAAAAACAUCUAUGGAGAGAUCAAUUCACAAAUGAAGAUUAUGUGUGAAAGUCUGCAACUUUUUGCACAGCACAAAGAUAUCCUUGGUUUGCAAACUAAAAGUGCUAGAGUUUCUCUUAGAACACCUUCAAGUUCUAUGGUCAAUGAAUCUGUCAUGGUUGGUAGGAAAGAUGACAGAGAGAUAGUAAUGAACAUGUUGCUAUCUGAAAGUAGUACUAGCCAGAACAAGAUAGGCGUUGUUGCGAUUUUAGGCAUGGGAGGUGUCGGAAAAACAACACUUGCACAACUUGCUUACAAUGAUGAAAAAGUUCAACAACACUUUGAUCUCAAAGCAUGGGCUUGUGUAUCAGAGGAUUUCGAUAUUCUUAGAGUUACCAAAACUCUCCUUGAAUCUGUCACUUCAAAAAAAUGGGAAACCAAUAAUCUUGAUUUACUUCGAGUUGAGUUAAAGAAAAAUUUGAGGGACAGGAGAUUUUUCAUUGUGUUGGAUGACUUAUGGAAUGAUAAUUAUAAUGAUUGGGAUGAACUUGUGACUCCCUUGAUUAAUGGGAAAACUGGAAGCAGAGUGAUCAUCACCACACGCCAAGAAAAAGUCGCAGAUGUUGCACACACAUUUCCUAUUCAUAAACUAGAUCCCCUAUCAGAUGAAGACAGUUGGUCUUUACUCUCCAAACAUGCAUUUGGAGGUGGAGACUUUUGUGAAACUAAAUGCCAAAACUUGGAAGCAAUUGGUAGGAAGAUUGCAAGAAAGUGUGGUGGAUUGCCAAUAGCUGCGAAAGCACUUGGAGGACUAUUGCGUUCGAAAGUAAAUACUAAAGAGUGGAUUAUAGUUCUGAACAGCGACAUAUGGAACUUACCAAAUGAUAAUAUUUUGCCUGCAUUGCUCCUAAGUUAUCAAUAUCUUUCCUCUCAAUUAAAACGAUGUUUUUCCUAUUGUUCUAUUUUUCCCAAGGACUAUUCACUUGAUAGGGAGCAAUUAGUUUUGUUGUGGAUGGCAGAAGGUUUCCUUGAUCAUUCUCAAGACGGAAAAACCAUGGAAGAAGUAGGUUAUGAGUGUUUUGCUGAAUUGCUAUCCAGAUCAUUGAUUCAACAAUUGCAUGAUGAUUCUAGUGGGCUAACGUAUGUCUUGCAUGACCUUGUUAAUGAUUUAGCUACAGUUGUAUCUGGAAAAAGUUGUUAUAGACUUGAGUUUGGCGCUGAGUGCUAUGAAAAUGUUCGCCACUUGUCAUAUAAUCAAGAAAAUUAUGACAUUUCCAAGAAGUUUAAGACUGUCUACAAAUUCAAAUGUUUGAGAAGCCUUCUAGCCAUUGGCUCUAAAAGGUACUCAUAUUCUUUAUCAAGAAAGGUGGUCGAAGAUUUGCUACCCACAUUUGGAAGGUUGCGUGUGCUAUCGUUAUCAAGAUAUAGAAACAUCACCACACUACCCGAUACAAUUGGCAAUUUAGUGCAGUUGCGUUAUAUUGAUCUCUCUAAUACUGAAAUCACAAGCUUGCCUGACACCAUAUGCAACCUCUACUACUUGCAAACCUUGAUUUUAUCUCGGUGCUUUAAACUCACAGAAUUGCCUGAACAUGUUGGAAAGUUAAUUAAUUUGCGUCAUCUUUAUCUUGACAUGACAAGCAUAAUAGAGAUGCCGAAGCAAAUUGUUGAACUAGUAAACCUUCAAACACUAACUCUUUUUGUUGUAGGCAAGAAAAAUAUUGGUUUAAGUGUGAGAGAGCUUGGGAUGUUUCCUAAGCUACGGGGAAAAUUACGCAUCAUGAACCUGCAAAAUAUCAUUGAUGUGACGGAGGCAAGUGAUACCAACUUGAAGAGAAAAGAACAUAUUGAGGAGUUAGAGCUACAGUGGAGGGAGGAAGCUGAUGACUCAUUUAUAGAGAAAGAUGUGCUUAAUAAGUUAAAACCAUCACCAAACCUGAAGAAGCUGAGCAUUGAUUCAUAUGGUGGGACAAGUUUUCCAAGUUGGUUGGGAGAUUCUUCAUUUUCUAAUAUGGUGUCCCUCUGCAUUGGUAAUUGUGUGAAUUGCAUCACACUUCCCCCACUAGGGCAACUACCUUCUCUCAAGGACUUGCUGAUUGGUAGAAUGACAAUUUUGGAGACAAUUGGGCAGGAGUUCUAUGGAAUGGUAGGAGGUGGUUCCAAUUUUUUAUUCCAACCAUUUCAAUCCCUUGAGAAACUGCAAUUUGUGUGCAUGCCAAAUUUGAAGGAAUGGCGUCCUUUUGAAGGUGACAUGUUCCCUUUUCUCCGUCUUAAAACUUUGGAAUUAUAUAUGUGUCCUGAACUGAGAGGACAUCUGCCUAAUCAACUUCCUUCCAUAGAAGAACUUAAAAUAUAUGGUUGUGAUCAUCUUUUGGCAAAACCACCUACUCAUCAGUGGCUCUCCUCGAUAAAAAAGAUUUAUAUUAAGGGGGACUCGAAUUCAGCAAGCAAUACUGAAAGGAUCCAAUGCUCAUUGCUCGAGAGUGAUUGUCCGUGUCUGCUGCAAGAAAUAGAGAUAAGUAGUUGUCUUAUGCUAAAAUUUGUACCUAAAAUGAUUUUUAACAGCACCUGUCUUCGAAAAUUGAAUCUCUAUAGUAUUAGUUCUCUCACUGUGUUUCCAACCAAUUGUUUACUCACUUCUUUGCAAUCACUUCGUAUUAAAGAAUGUGAGAAUCUAACAUUCCUAUCUUCUGAAACGUCGGGCAAUUACACAUCAAUAUGGAGUAGCUGCAGUGCAGUUACCUCGUUCCCAUUGAAUUGUUUUCCUAUGCUCCAAAAUCUUUCCAUAUAUGAAUGUAGGAGUUUGGAAUCUAUUUUUACUUCAAAAGCUUCUUUUGUAGCUCGUCAACCCUCCAAUCUUUUGAUGUCCGUGAUUGCGAGGCACUUAGAUCACUACCUCAAUGGAUGGACGCCCUCACCGCUCUUGAAAGGAUAUCUCUUUGCAAUCUUCCAAAUCUGA